UUGGCCUAUUUUUGAUUAGCCUUUGUGCUAGUUUUGUUACGCAGACUUGGCAACCCUGUCUGUAGCGCCUCCUGGAGGAAGAAGCGUUUAGUGAAUCCGUUUUUGGCUGCUUGUAACAUUUGCUGCUGUCUCAAGAUCCUCAGAUCUCUGUUUGUUUCCACCCCUAUGGUUUCCACACUAGAGUUUCCACAUUAGUGUCACACAGCUGUUUCAUUGCAUGUCAUCGUAUCUAACGUUAUGUUUGGACAGCUCACGGAAACUUAAUGGAGUUUGAGCAUAGUCACUUAUAAAUGAAGACUUCAGUGAAUGUCACCAAGGAUUAAACUCUGAAAGGUAACAAUGGCAGCUGAAAUGUUAUUGAUGGGGGGAAUCAACAGUUUUAGAAAAGUUACACUCAAAGGUCAAAACCGAGUCUGUUUUAACACGCCUCACCUUAAAGAACAGGUAAGAUUGACUAGCUGCUGUCUGAGCAUAUUUUAUAUAAUCUGCCAUGAUUUGAAGUCAACAUUUCCAAAGCUUCAUCUAUUCAUCCAGACCAGGUUUUUGGAGAGGCACAGGCUAUUUGGAGAGAUUCGUCCAGCUCAACAGCAUGUCUAUGGACAGAUCUGUUUAUUCCAUCAAGAUCACAGAUAUAACAGUGGACCGAAAAGAGAAGAUGUCGACACAACCAAAGAUGCCAAAACACCUGAUUCCAGAAAACAUAAGCAAAUGUUAAGUGAGAGUUCCAGAGAGAGAAAAGUUCCAGUCACAAGACUGGGAAGGCUGGUGAACUUUGGAGGUUUAGCAGUUGGACUGGGCAUUGGAGCCAUUGCUGAAGUGGCAAAGAAGAGCCUUGCAUCUGGAGGUAUAUCAGGGCAGAAAAAAGCAGUUCUGGACUCAAAUCCGUUCAUAUCAGAAGCCAAUGCUGAAAGGAUUGUUCGGACUCUCUGCAAAGUGAGAGGAGCCGCACUUAAACUAGGACAGAUGCUCAGCAUUCAGGAUGAUGCUUUCAUCAACCCUCAGCUCGCAAAGAUCUUUGACCGUGUUCGACAGAGUGCCGACUUCAUGCCCACCAAGCAAAUGAUGAAAACGGUGGUCAGUGAUCUGGGUCCAAACUGGCAGGAUCAUCUAGAGUACUUUGAGGAGCGUCCGUUCGCAGCGGCCUCCAUCGGUCAGGUUCACCUGGCCAGAAUGAAGGACGGCAGAGAAGUGGCCAUGAAAAUCCAGUAUCCAGGAGUGGCCAAAAGUAUAAACAGCGACGUGAACAACCUAAUGACACUCCUCAGUAUCAGCAAUGCUUUACCUGAAGGUUUGUUUCCUGAGCAUCUCAUAGAGGUCAUGAGCAGAGAAUUGGCUUUGGAGUGCGAUUAUGUACGGGAAGCCAAAUGUGCCAAGAAAUUCCAGGAGUUACUGAAGGGCCAUCCUUAUUUCUAUGUGCCAAAUGUUGUGGACGAACUGAGCAGCCAGCACGUCCUCACCACGGAGCUGGUGUCUGGUUUCCCUUUGGAUAAAGCCGAAGAUCUCCCCCAGGAACUCAAGAACGAGAUCUGUGAGCAGAUUCUGACUCUGUGUUUGCGUGAACUCUUUGAGUUUCGAUACAUGCAGACGGAUCCCAACUGGUCCAAUUUCUUCUUUGACCCACAAACACACAAGGUUGCUCUGUUAGACUUUGGAGCCACUAGAGGUUUUGAUGCGAGCUUCACUGACGUCUAUAUUGAGAUUAUCAAGGCUGCUGCGGACAGGAACAGAGAGGGAGUUUUAAGACGGUCGAUUGAUAUGAACUUUCUGACCGGAUAUGAGUCAAAGGCGAUGAAGGACGCCCAUGUGGAUGCAGUGAUGAUCCUCGGGGAAGCAUUCGCAUCAGACGAGUCGUUUGACUUCGGUUCCCAGAGCACUACGGAGCGGAUCCACAGUCUGAUUCCUGUGAUGCUGAAGGAGCGUCUGACUCCUCCGCCGGAGGAAACCUACUCUCUGCACCGCAAGAUGGGCGGCUCCUUCCUCAUCUGCUCCCGCUUGAAGGCCAAGAUCAGCUGCAAGAACAUGUUCCACGAGGCCUACGCUAAAUACUGGACAGAUCGGCAUAAGGAAACUGCCAAAUGAACCAGUGGGCAUAUCAAUUUGUGUGUACCAGACAAAAAUGGAUUUGAAAAGAAUUAAAUGCAUUAUGCUAGAA